AUGCCUUGCAUCGACCUAUCGGUCGCCGUCCAUCGAUUAAAUGUGGACCUUGGGGUGAAGCCAGUAAGACAAAGGAAACGAACCAUGGACAGCGCAUGCAACACUACCGGUGCAGAGGAGGUAACCAAGCUGCUACAGGCAGAUUUCAUUCGGGAGGUCCACUACCUCGACUGGCUGUCCAAUGUGGUCUUGGUCAAAAAGGCUAACGGAAAAUGGCAAAUGUGCAUGGAUUUCACCAACCUGAAUAAGGCUUGCCCCAAUGAUAGCUUCCCCUACCAAGAAUAUAUCGGCUGGUCAAUGCUACCGCGGGGCAUGAAUUACAAACAUUCAUGGAUGCUUAUUCCGGGUACAACUAGAUCCGAAUGUGUGACGCCCAAGAGGAGGGGGGUAGUCUAUGCUCUUCUAAGUGGCUUAGGUGCCGAUCAGGAACACAUCUGUUUCACUACCGAACAACGGUUGUUUUGCUACAAGCUCAUGUCAUUAGGACUGAAAAAUGCAAGAGCGACUUAUCAGAGGAUGGUGACUAAAAUGUUUGCCCCGCAGAUCAGGAGGAACAUAGAGGUGUAUGUCGACGACAUGUUCGUCAAAAGCCGAACAGCCGAACAGCACGAGCAGGAUCUCUAUGAAGCCUUCAAGGUCAUGCGCAGUCACGAGAUGAAGCUGAAUCUGACCAAGUGCGUCUUCGUAGUAAGGUUGGGUAAAUUCCUCGACUUCAUAGUGCAUGGAGGGCUCGAAGCCAAUUCCGAGAAAAUUCAAGCCAUCCUAGACAUGAGGCUACUGGCUAACCUGAAGACACUAAGGAAAGAAGGAAAGUUUGAGUGGGCGGACGAGUGCGAAAAAGCCUUCGCAGAUCUGAAGCGGUACCUCGCUUCCGCUCUUCUGUUAGCAAAGCCAAACUUGGGGGAGAUUCAGUACGUCUACUUGGCUGUUUCCGAGAAUGCAGUCAGCUCAGCUCUAGAAAAGGAAGAGGGCAAAAAAUAG